GCCACUUCUGUUAUUAUAAGAAUCCAAGAGCAAUGCUUGCUUUUUCUUCAGAGCUGUAAAUCACAUACUCACAGCUCCUUCUCUCGCUUUCUUCAUACAUUUCGGUUCAGUGAUCUUGUUCCAAGUUAAAAACACCUAGAGAGAAAGUAGAGGAGAAAUGGAGACUAGCUCAGUCUCCAAGCUGUUCAUCUUCUUCUUCGUGCCAUUGAUGUUUCUGCAUUCUCAGCUGAUCCAAUGUAGCGUUACCUACGAUAAGAAGGCCAUUGUCAUCAAUGGGCAAAGGAGAAUCCUCAUCUCCGGCUCUAUACACUACCCCAGAAGCACCCCUGAUAUGUGGGAAGAUCUUAUACGGAAGGCUAAAGAUGGAGGCUUAGAUGUCAUCGACACCUAUAUUUUCUGGAAUGUUCAUGAGCCUUCUCCUGGGAAUUAUAAUUUUGAGGGGAGAUACGAUCUGGUGCGGUUCAUUAAGACUGUGCAGAAAGUAGGGCUCUAUGUUCAUCUCCGGAUUGGACCCUAUGUUUGUGCAGAAUGGAACUUCGGGGGAUUUCCUGUUUGGUUGAAGUUUGUUCCUGGUAUCAGCUUCAGAACAAAUAAUGAACCUUUCAAGAUGGCAAUGCAAGGGUUCACUCAGAAGAUUGUCCACAUGAUGAAGAGUGAAAACCUGUUUGCAUCACAGGGUGGGCCCAUCAUCCUUUCUCAGAUUGAGAAUGAGUACGGACCAGAGAGUAGGGAAUUAGGAGCUGCUGGUCAUGCAUACAUCAACUGGGCUGCAAAAAUGGCUGUUGGAUUGGACACAGGAGUCCCAUGGGUGAUGUGCAAAGAAGAUGAUGCCCCAGAUCCUGUGAUAAAUGCAUGUAAUGGCUUUUACUGUGAUGCUUUCUCUCCAAACAAACCUUACAAGCCCAGAAUAUGGACAGAGGCUUGGAGUGGCUGGUUUACAGAGUUUGGUGGCACAAUUCACCGGCGACCAGUUCAAGAUUUGGCAUUUGGGGUUGCUCGUUUCAUACAAAAUGGUGGCUCAUUUGUUAAUUACUAUAUGUACCAUGGAGGAACCAAUUUUGGACGCUCUGCUGGAGGCCCUUUCAUUACAACCAGUUAUGAUUAUGAUGCUCCAAUUGAUGAAUAUGGUUUGAUCAGACAACCAAAAUAUGGUCAUUUGAAGGAGCUCCAUAAAGCAAUUAAGUUAUGUGAACACGCUGUAGUUUCUGCGGACCCUACUGUUAUCUCAUUGGGAAGCUAUCAACAGGCCCAUGUAUUCUCUUCAGGGCGAGGCAACUGUGCAGCUUUUCUCUCCAACUACAAUCCCAAGUCAUCUGCAAGGGUGAUUUUCAAUAAUGUGCACUAUGAUUUGCCGGCUUGGUCCAUUAGCAUCCUUCCUGAUUGCAGAACCGUAGUCUUUAAUACUGCAAGAGUUGGAGUUCAAACUUCACAUAUUCGAAUGUUUCCAACCAACUCUAAGUUGCACUCUUGGGAAACUUAUGGUGAAGACAUUUCUUCUCUGGGGAGCAGUGGAACAAUGACUGCUGGCGGACUCUUGGAGCAGAUAAAUAUCACCAGAGAUUCCACUGACUAUCUGUGGUACAUGACCAGUGUCAACAUUGACUCAUCGGAAUCAUUUCUACGAAGAGGUCAAACUCCAACCCUCACUGUGCAAUCUAAAGGCCACGCUGUUCAUGUCUUUAUCAAUGGACAGUAUUCAGGAUCAGCAUACGGAACCAGGGAGAACAGGAAAUUCACAUAUACCGGAGCAGCCAAUCUACAUGCAGGAACAAAUAGAAUUGCCCUGCUUAGCAUAGCUGUUGGACUACCGAAUGUGGGAUUGCAUUUUGAGACAUGGAAGACAGGAAUCCUAGGUCCAGUUUUGCUUCAUGGUAUUGACCAAGGAAAGAGGGAUUUAUCAUGGCAGAAGUGGUCUUACCAGGUUGGCCUGAAAGGAGAGGCAAUGAAUCUGGUCUCCCCAAAUGGAGUCUCAGCAGUUGAGUGGGUUCGAGGGUCACUUGCUGCCCAAGGUCAGCAGCCUUUAAAAUGGCAUAAGGCUUAUUUCAAUGCACCUGAAGGAGAUGAGCCAUUGGCUUUGGACAUGCGGAGCAUGGGAAAGGGUCAAGUUUGGAUCAAUGGGCAGAGCAUUGGAAGAUAUUGGAUGGCUUACGCAAAAGGUGACUGCAAUGUUUGUAGCUACUCUGGAACAUACCGACCCCCAAAGUGUCAGCAUGGUUGCGGUCAUCCAACCCAAAGAUGGUAUCAUGUUCCAAGGUCUUGGUUGAAGCCAACACAAAAUUUGUUGAUAAUUUUUGAAGAACUUGGUGGUGAUGCAUCAAAGAUAGCUCUUAUGAAGAGAGCAAUGAAGAGUGUUUGUGCCGAUGCUAAUGAACACCACCCAACUCUAGAGAAUUGGCAUACUGAAAGCCCUAGCAAAUCAGAAGAACUUCAUCAGGCCAGUGUGCACCUGCAAUGUGCCCCAGGGCAGUCCAUAUCAACCAUUAUGUUUGCAAGUUUUGGAACUCCUUCUGGAACCUGUGGAAGUUUCCAGAAAGGAACCUGCCAUGCACCAAACUCUCAAGCCAUCUUAGAGAAGAAUUGCAUAGGGCAAGAGAAAUGCUCGGUCCCCAUAUCCAACAGUUACUUUGGGGCUGACCCAUGUCCUAAUGUACUAAAACGGUUAUCUGUCGAAGCUGCUUGUUCCCCUACGGUAACAACAACCACUCAACCUGAUUCAAGAUGAGAUGUCUGCAAAAGAAGGAUUCAAGCAACUUCCUGGUGUAAUUAUGGUUAUUUAUACACUACAGCAAGUCGUGGAGCAAGAAGCACAUGGAAUAAAGGGGGUGAAAUUACAGGCAAAGGUCCUUCAACUACAUUGGUGUGAUUCAUAUUCAUAUUUACAAGAUAGGUCAGUAAAUUAUUAGUUUUGACUAGAAAUGGAGCCCCGAGAAUAAUGUGUGUUGAAGAUAAUGCGUUUGAGUGAAAUAUUCUUUGGGCGCAAUGAAGGUGGGGUCUAAAUUAUUGCUUCUGGAGGUGUGAUUGAUGAAAGACACCAGAGCAAGGGCUCUCUAUUGAAUUCCAGAUGAAUAUUUACCUUGUUUUCAUUGUUACCAAUGUUUUCUGCAGUAGGUAUUUCUCUAGGAUAAAGAAAUGUUAAGACUUUGUCGGCUAUGUUCUUCAUUGUUGGCUAUAUAGAAUUGCAAAAUUUGGUGGUAUGUAAUCCAAUCUAUGUUCGUACGAACCCAUUCAAUUUUGCAGUCA